AUGGCCGCCGCCACUGCGAAGCAGGACGAGACGCAACAGGAGCAGUUUGCGGCGCAAGUGGCCAUCGUUGCGAUCGAGAUCAGCGCGCACGGCUUCCAGGCCCCGAGCUUCCUCCGCGGCGCCAGCGUGCUCCAGGGCGACCCGCUCAGCUCGUCUUUCUGCGCACUUGGCACCGACCCCCCCGCGCCUGGGAGUCGCGCCGCGGUCGCGCGCGAGGGGGCCUUCAGGCACUGCGCGGACGACGUCAGCAUUCCCCUGUGGGAGCUCACGGCAACCACUCCAACCCAGCACCUGCGUGACCUGGUUCGUCGCGCGACAGGUUGGCUCAGCUUCACGCCGUGCUCUCCCGCGACCAGGGUGUUCGGCCUCUCGGACUCCAUCCGGGCCUCGCUGCCCGCGUUCACCUACGCUGGCUCCAUGGCCGGCCUGGUGGUGGCGGGCCCCAUGGGCGACGCCCCCCCCUUGGGCGGCGCGCGCUGGAGCAGGUGUUUUCGCAGAGGGGAGGGGGGGGGGCGCCACUGCGCCAUGUCGACGGCCCCGACCGAGUACGCGGGCAGCCCCGGGGCCGUCAGCCUGGCCGUGGGCGAGUCGGGGCUCCAGGGCGAGCUCUCUGCCGGUUGGCCGCAAGGUCCCGCUGCCCCGCGCGGGGCCGCGCUGGACGCGGCCCUCGCGGGGGUCGAGAGCGCCGCCGCGCGCGCGGCGCUGCUGGAGCUGCGAGGGCUGCUGGCGGAAGAAGCGCAGCAGCGCGCCCUGAGCAUCGGCAGGCUGGAGCGGGAGGUCGAGCGGCUGCGGGCGGUCCACGAGGAGACGCGUGGCAGCACCCCAGGCGCGGCUGGCGCCCUCCUGUCGCAGUGGGCGGGGCAGGAGCUGACGCGGCUCGGGGCGGCGCAGGAGAAGCUGGGCCACACCGUGGAGUCCUUCCUUGAGAGUUCGCGACGGAGGAGAUGGCGCAGCAAGCGCGGUCUGCUCGACGACCGUGUCAGCCAGCUGGACGAGCGCGCGAGCGCCCACGCGAGACACUGCGCCGAGCUAUCCUGCAGGGCUCGCGUACGCCAGGCCGCCGUCCCCCCUCGGGAGCGGGCCACGCUGCGAGAAGGACGGGUGGGGCAUCGGCGACUGCAGAGGCCUGUUCCCAGGGACCGCAUUUUCACUCCCAGUAAGUACCUUUCUUGA